AUGAACUCGGCUGUUUUUAACUCACACUACUUAAACAACGAAAAUGAUUUACUAUAUACCAUUGACCGGAACUACAAAUGUUUCAUCUGUAACGAUGAGUUCAAAGACCCAAGACUUCUGACCUGCUAUCACACGUUCUGUCUCGAUUGUAUAAAGGAAUACAUUGAAGCUAACUGCAAGGGAGAUAGCUUCAAAUGCCCGCUAUGUAAAACAGAGACAAAACUCCCGGAAAAUGGACCGGAUGAGUUUGAUAAGAAUUGCUUCGUUGGAGACGUAAGGGCAGGAGAAGGGGGAGAUAGGAAGGAUAAGCAAUCAUGUGAUAUAUGUGGGGAUAAAUCCAGAGCUGCAUCAUUUUGUUAUGAAUGCAAUCAGAAGCUUUGUAAGUUCUGUGUGACAUUUCAUGAAAAACUACAAACAACUAAGGACCACAACGUUGCGGGACUCGACGAUGCAGGUGUACGUAAAGUAAAGCGGAAGCCCAAAUGUCCCGCACACGAAAAGAACGAGCUUCAGUACUUCUGUGAAGAAUGCAAGGAACUUAUUUGCAUUGACUGCAACAUGACCACUCACAAACUUCACAAAUCUCGCGAUGUAAUAGAGGUGGCCGAGGAGUUUAGACGAGAUUUGGCAACGGAAAUCAAUAAAGACGAAUACUUUCAGCAUCUCGAAGCUCUUAGCGACUACAGUAAAAAUUCAAAAAAGAAACGUAAUGCGAAUGAAGGAAAGGAAGAUAAGUUGAUGACAUCUGUUGAAGCACAGCUUGAAGCUUUUCAAAAGAUUUUAAAUGAUAUAAAACUAGAUUUUAUAAGUGAGAUAUCAGAUAACGGAAUGGCGAGUGAUAAUGAGGAAAAGGAUGGAAAAAAUACCAUGGAAAGAAGAUUCAAAUCUUUUGCAGCAAUCUAUUUCUUUAGCAAGUUUUUACUGGAUCAGGGUGAUGAUACCACCGUUGUAUCGCACACCGUCAACCUAAGACAACGACUAGAGACCUUAAGUGCUGACGAUGCUAACAAGAACAACAACGCAAGCGCAGGUGGGAUAUUCUUUGAGCCAGGCAAACUAGAUAAAGCAUUAUUGAGGGAAUUAUUUGGAAAGCUGCAUGAUCCCUUCACGAAAGAAGACAACAAAAUUGGAGAAAACAAUGAAAGAAAGAAUGAAUCAGACGGAAAACCAGUUUUCCUUGUCAAGUUUGACUGUCCUCCUGGAGACUGUGUGAUAUCAGGAAUAGCACCAACCGAUAACGAAAUGGCAUGGGUUUGCAUUGGAGCUGAAGCCACUGUGCACUUGUUCUCACCGGAAGGGAAAUGUGAGCAAACCGUAAAAUUUAGUCAUGCAUUAGAUGAUGUUACUUUUAUGAGCGGAAGAGGAUACGUCACAUCGAAUGGAGCGAACAAGGUUCGUACUGUGGACGCAACAGGGCGAAAAACUGUGUACACAAAAGCGGAAAUGUGCGUUCGGGGAAUCGCAGCAGACAAAUCCAAAAAUAUCAUUAUAGUUGGCUGUGUUGAAAACGAUGUAUUCUUCGACAUCAAGCCCGGCGAUAUUUCAUCAAUAAUUCAUAUAGAAAAAGAAAAAGGAAUAACCAGUACACCACUUGGUCGUGACGUUCCGUAUCCAGCAAGACUAUGCUUGGAUAAAAAAGGGAACAUCAUUAUUUCUGAUUGGGUCGAGCAGGCUGUAAUCCUUCAGGACGCCAAAGGUAACACAGUAACUUGCUACAAAGGUGACAAACACAACAACGGAGAGAAAGCUAAUUUUAAUCCACGUGGUAUUUGUGUGGAUGAGAAUGGAAAUAUUUACGUUGUAGAUAUUGAAUCAGAUACGAUUCAGAUGCUUGACUCUUCAGGAAAGUAUCAGAAAGACGUCUUAAAUAAAGACGACGGUUUAGAAAGCCCCUGGUCCAUCGCAUGCGAUGCAUCCAGUCGGCUCUGGAUCGGAUCUCAAAAUGGAACUAUAAUGAUUUUUAGCUUGUCGAGAGCAACAACAAAAUCUGAAAAUGCAGAUGAUGGAAGAAGAGCUACCUCAAGUAGGUCUGGUGGAAGCAGCAGAAAUCAUUCUUGGAACGAUAAUAACAAAUCUGGCUCAUCGACUCCAGAUCAAAGAGGUAUAUCCGGAAACAAAAGCAGAUCAGAGACCGGUUCAAAGAGAAAUAGUCGAAAUAAUAACUCUGGGGGCUCAUCCGGAAGUAACGAUAGCAGAAAGUGA